AUGGCGGCCACCUUAGUAGCUGCUCAGGGAGCACGGCCAGCACCAGCCUGGGGGCCUGAGGCCAUUAUCCCCGAGUGGGAAAACCCGGAAGUCUCAACAGGGCCCACUAUCAUGGCCGUGCAAUUUGAUGGGGGCGUGGUUCUAGGAGCCGACUCCAGAACAACCACUGCAUCGUACAUCACCAAUCGAGUGACUGACAAGCUGACCCCUAUUCAUGACCGUAUUUUUUGCUGCCACUCAGGCUCAGCAGCUGAUAGCCAGGCAGUAGCUGACGCAGUCACUUAUCAGCUUGGUUUCCACAGCAUUGAGCUGAAUGAGCCUCCGCUGGCAUACACGUCAGCCAGCCUCUUUAAGGAGAUGAGUUACCGAUACCGAGAAGACCCUACGGCAGGAAUCAUCCUUGUGGGCUGAGACCCCAAGAAGGGGAGAGCUCUCGCUUUGGCCGUGGAGCGGGACGGCUCCAGCGGAGGGCUGAUCCGCCUGGCAGCCAUUGCAGAAUCAGGGGUAGAGCGGCAGGUACUUUUGGGAGACCAGAUUCCCAAAUUCACCAUUGCCACUUUACCACCUCCCUGAAUCCUAGGAUUCUAAGAUACAACA